AUGUCGACUCCAGUCACUUUGCACAUCUAUGACGUGUCCACCGACUCCAGGGUUGGAUCCAUCAAUGAAUAUUUGGAGGCCUUGGGCACGGGGGCAUUUCAUGCUGGUGUGGAAGUCAAUGGUUUGGAAUGGAGCUACGGCUACUCGCCCGACAACACCGGUGUGUUCAGUUGCCCUCCCAAAGGGUGCAAGGCCCACAAAUAUCGAGACUCCCUUAGCAUGGGAGAGACAGCGAAGUCGGCCGCUGAGAUCAAAGAAAUCAUUGAAACCCUGAAAGAAGAUUGGCUUGGCCUUGACUACGACUUGUUGCGCAAGAACUGCUGCCUCUUCAGUAAAGAGCUGGUGCAGAAGCUUGAGGUUGGUCCAGUGCCCAGCUGGGUGACAAACCUCGCCGCAGCAGGUGCCACGCUACAUGAUGGUCUGUUGAAAGGCAAGGAGUAUGCGGAUAAGGCAGCGAUCAUGGCAAAGGCCAAGGCUGGAGAGUUCGAUGAGAAGUACAACAUCAGCGGCACAGCUAAAGCAGCAGCCAAGGAAGUGUUGGAAGCAGCAGGGCGAUUCGAUGAACAAUACCGAGUGAGAGAGAGGGCACUUUUGGCAGCUGCACAUGCGAAGGCCAAGGCUGGAGAGCUCGGGCAGGCCAUGCAAGAUGAAGCUGCUGCACUCCACAAGGAGAUGGACACAGAUGGAGAUGGGCAGAUCAGCAUGGACGAGAUGACUCCUUGA